AUAAGCCCCGCCCUAUGGCUGUGAUAGACAGCUCGGAGCGGGCCGCAGAUGAUUGCGGUUGCCAUGGAAACAGCCUCAUCCGUUGGGCUGGGAUCCUUCACCCUACACCUCCUCCCGUCCCGUCGCCGUUUACUCCCAUGAUUUCCAACGCAGACGGACACGGUGGAGUCAGAGCGAUGCUAUGCCGGGAGGCCGACCCCGUGUGGGGGUCCGAGUUCAUCCGCCGCUGAACCGUUAGAGGCCGAGGCCGCGCCUCCGCUUUCCCUCCAACUCCAUCGUGGCGGAUCUCCGGCUGCGCCCGCCUUCGUGACCGGAAGCAAAGGCUGCCGGGAGGUGUAGUCCUGUGUUCUACCACUUCCUGCUAUGUGGGAUCGGCAGCUUUCCUCCCCCUGGACUACGAAUCCCCGCAUGCAGUGCGAGACCCCUUCCCCCGUCUCCAGCAGUCCUGUGGUUACGCAGUUGCAGAUGAAUUUUAGAUUGCACAAAGUGGUGGGAGGAAAAACUAAUGCAACUCGCGUAAAAAAGUAUUUCCGGUGACGGACUGGGCGGAUUGAAAGUACAGGGAGAGAAGAGCGAGGGAGGGGGAAACCAUGAGUGGGAUAUCGAGAGAAGUGGCCCCCGCUGUACAAACUUGACGGCGAAUACCAGGCCGCCACCGUGUAAAUCCACCCUCCUUGUGUUCCAGUAACCCCAGCUGGGGAGGGGGAAAGCGGACUGUUCGGACUGCUGCCUUGUUUCUGGGGGUUGUUUUCUUCUCCGCAAACGCUGGAAGUUUCAGAGUGGAAACCCGUCGCCAGCCAGAUGUCAAGCAACAGCAACUCGUCUCCUCCCGUGUCCCAGAGAUUGCUGCCAACCGCUCUGCCACUGCCUGCCUCUUCGCCUACCCCGUCGCUCUCCCCGCCGGCCACCUCUGUUCUGUCGGGCCGGCUUUCUAAUGGGAGCCUCAACGCCCCGAGUCCCACCAAUUCCCGGGGAUCCUUCAACGGCGUAUCCUUCCUUCUGCAGAUCGGCCUCACUCGCGAACCGGUGACCAUCGAAGCACAAGACAUCUCCCUCUCUGCCGUCAAGGACCUCGUCUGCUCUAUAGUGGACCAAAAGUUCCCAGAAUGUGGCUUUUUCGGAAUGUAUGACAAGAUCUUACUCUUUCGCCAUGACCUGAAUUCUGAGAACAUCUUACAGAGGCUGAUGUCAGCGGAAGACAUUCAUGAAGGGGACUUGAUUGAGGUUGUUCUCUCUGCACUAGCUACCGUUGAGGAUUUCCAGAUCCGACCACAUACCCUUUAUGUGCACUCCUACAAAGCUCCAACGUUCUGUGACUACUGCGGAGAAAUGUUAUGGGGAUUAGUGCGCCAAGGAUUGAAGUGUGAAGGUUGUGGUCUGAAUUAUCACAAACGAUGUGCCUUCAAAAUUCCAAACAACUGCAGCGGUGUGAGAAAAAGGCGUCUGUCCAACGUUUCCCUGCCCGGCCUCUCACUCCCAAGACCCGCACCAUUAGACUACUCAGGAACAGUCUCGGAGGAGGUCUCUUCAUCCUCACUGGGACUCCAUUCCGGGAGCCAGCCAAAGAGUGAUGAAGUACGCUUAAUCAAGCGUUGCCACCAGGAGACCAGCAAGAGAAUCCCAUCAUGGAGUGGGCGCCCAAUAUGGAUGGAGAAGAUGGUGCUGGGAAGGGUAAAAGUACCGCACACCUUUGUCAUACACUCCUACACACGCCCCACCAUUUGUCAGUAUUGCAAGCGGCUACUGAAAGGCCUAUUUCGACAAGGAAUGCAAUGUAGAGAUUGCAAGUUUAAUUGCCACAAGCGAUGUGCAUCCAAAGUACCCAGGGACUGUCUUGGUGAAGUUGUGUUUAAUGGAGAACCAGCCAGUCCUGGUCCUGAUUCCGAUCUGCCCAUGGAGGUGGACAGCAGUGACAUGAACAGUGAAGGCAGCAGGUUGUUGGACGACACAGAGGAGCCUUCAACGUCAGAAGAAAAGUUGUAUUUCAUGGAUUCCUCAGAUCUGGAUGGAGAAAAAGAUGAAGAGCCAGUCCGAACAAUUAGUCCUUCAACAAGCAACAAUAUUCCUCUCAUGAGAGUUGUACAGUCGAUUAAGCACACGAAAAGGAAGAGUAGCACAAUGAUGAGGGAAGGUUGGAUGGUCCACUACUCCAGCAAAGACAAUCUAAGGAAAAGACAUUACUGGAGGCUGGACAGCAAGUGCCUUACACUCUUUCAAAAUGACACUGGAGCCAAGUAUCAUAAGGAAAUCCCGCUGUCAGAAAUCUUGCAGUUGGAUCCACCUCGGGAUUUUACAAAUCUGGCUCAAGGCAGCAACCCUCACUGUUUUGAGAUAAUAACUGACACCAUGGUGUACUACGUUGGAGAGAAUCUCGGAGGCAACUACCAGAAUCACGCCUUGGCUGCCACAGGAGUAGGUUUAGACGUCGCUCAGAGCUGGGAGAAGGCCAUUCGACAAGCCCUAAUGCCGGUAACACCACAAGCCAGUGUUUGCACCACAGUUGGUCAAGGCAAAGAACACAAUGACCUGUCUCUCAGCAUCUCUGUAUCUAACUGUCAAGUCCAGGAGAAUGUGGACAUCAGUUCGGUGUACCAAAUCUUUGCUGACGAGGUUCUGGGAUCAGGACAGUUUGGAAUAGUUUACGGGGGGAAGCACAGGAAGACUGGAAGGGAUAUGGCAAUUAAAGUGAUUGAUAAAAUGAGGUUCCCCACAAAACAAGAAAGCCAACUUCGUAAUGAAGUCGCUAUCCUUCAGAACCUUCAUCAUCCGGGAAUUGUAAACCUUGAGUGCAUGUUUGAAACUCCUGAACGAGUCUUUGUUGUGAUGGAGAAACUCCACGGAGACAUGCUGGAGAUGAUUCUGUCCAGUGAGAAAAGUCGCUUGCCGGAACGCGUCACCAAGUUUUUAGUCACGCAGAUUCUGGUGGCCUUGAGACACUUACACUUCAAGAACAUUGUACACUGUGACCUGAAGCCUGAGAAUGUGCUACUAGCUUCAGCCGAUCCCUUUCCUCAGGUAAAGCUCUGCGACUUUGGCUUUGCUCGUAUUAUCGGUGAGAAAUCAUUCAGACGGUCUGUGGUGGGAACCCCGGCCUACCUGGCUCCUGAAGUACUCCGAAGCAAAGGUUAUAACCGGUCACUUGAUAUGUGGUCGGUGGGUGUUAUAAUCUACGUCAGCCUCAGUGGCACUUUCCCAUUCAAUGAAGAUGAAGACAUUAAUGACCAGAUCCAAAAUGCAGCAUUCAUGUACCCACCAAAUCCGUGGAAAGAAACCUCCAGUGAAGCCAUUGAUCUAAUUAACAACCUGUUGCAAGUAAAGAUGAGAAAACGUUACAGUGUGGACAAGUCACUCAGUCACCCGUGGCUACAGGAUUAUCAGACGUGGCUGGAUCUGCGGGAGUUUGAAACCAGGAAAGGAGAGCGUUACAUCACACAUGAAAGUGACGAUGCGCGUUGGGAAAGACAUUCCCAAGAACACAACCUUCAGUAUCCCAAACACUUCAUCAUGGCACCCAAUCUGGACGAUAUGGAGGAGGAUCCUUAAUGUAUCUAACUGGGCGCACUGCCAGGAGUGAAUAAUAUCACAGCAAUGAUGUGGAAAACACUGCCACUGGGGUACAAGGAAGCCAAGACUUGUUUCUGUUUGUUGAACAGCAGAGGCAAUGUGGAUUGGAUGCCACCCAGCACUUGACAUCAGCCCGUGUGACAAUGAAGGGAUACGGUGUAAAUGGAGACUGCAAGCCUAUAGUACAGCUGGAGACUUAACGACUGACAUAUGCGGAGAAAGAGGACAUGUAAAUGCUGUGAGCUAUAGACUUUAAACCAAACAUUCCUUUUUGUAGUAUUUAGCUGGUUUAAUACUAUCCACCCAAGUACCUCUUUGGUACCAAGCCAUAAAUUUACUUGUUUACUAAAUGAAAGGCAAGAUCAGACAAUCUCUUUUUCACAAGUGUUUUGAAAUUUUUUCAGCGAUGGUAGUUAUUGAGAAUAAAUUUGUAUUCAUUGUAGGACAAGGGCUAUUGCUUGGACCAAAUUCUGUUUAAAUAGGGAUCUCUGGUUACAUGGAAGUUGGCAGGUUUGGGAAGCGAGUAAAUAAUCAAUUUGUUCACACAACUAUUUGAUUAUUCUCGAACAUCCUGUUCUCUCCACCUUGUGGCAGGCAACUCUUGGUUGUCGCACAGUAUUACACUAUUAUAGAUGAAGGGCUCUCAGAGACUGACAGUAUUGUUUUUGUUGACUGAAGUAUGAAGUUGGGCUAAUCCAGCCACCUCAACGCUUCUGCCGAUAACUGUAAAAAGUAAAGUUGCAGCAUCUUUUACUUAAUAGCUGAGGCAAGUUCAGUUACUGAUAUCGUUUCCACAAUAAAGUAAAAUAAACUGGUGUAGAAUGAAGAAAAUGUGCUGAAGGAUUCAAUUUUCCAUUUAUAUUGCGGCCGGAUUAAGUUCCAGACUCCAAACAGGAGGGGGGAUGUUACCUGGGUUCCAUCCUAUUAUUCUAGACUACUCACUGGAGAGCAGUGCAGCGAGGCUUUGAUCUGUCGAUGCAGGAACAUUGGUGCGGCUGCCUCACACCCAGCACCAGAGACCCAGGUUCGACCCUGACCUCAGGUGCUGCCUGUGUGGAGUUUGCACGUUCUCCUCGUGACUGUGUGGGGGUUGCUCCGGAUCCCUCCGCAUCACAAGAGCCUGCGGGUCUGUAGGUUAACUGGUCCUCUGCAAAUUGCCCCUAGUGUGUAGGGAGUGGGAUAACAUAGAAGUAGUGUGAACGGGUGAUCGAUGGUCAACAUGGACUCAGUGGGCCAAAGGGCCUGAUUCCAUGCUGUAUCCUUCAGUCAACACCCGUAUUCAGCUUUUACUGGUGGCUAGAGUCAUCACACCACUUCUUACUGCUUCACUGAAGCAAACAUUUCAGUUGCAUGCAACUCAUUGUUUAAACGUUUAACCAUUUAAAUCUAUUUUUCUAUGCUGCCAGCCAGCAUUGCUGCCGUGCGUAUGUGUACUGUCUGAUGUUGUCAUUUAAAUUAUUGGUAGUAGGAAGAUUGGACGUACAGUCUCCAGUUACUCCAUGCCACUGUAGUGAGCAUUGGAGCAAUGUAAGUUGAGAGUGUGCUGAUAUAAUUGACCUCUAUUCUAUAUACUGGGACCUCAACUGUCCAACCAGUACCGAAAUCCGGACAGGAUCAGUAAAACGCAAGGUGCUGGAGUAACUCAGCGGGUCCCGACCCGAGACGUCACCUAUCCAUGACCUCCACAGAUGCUACCUGACCCGCUGAGUUAUUCCAGCACUUUGUGUUCCAUGUAAGAUUCCAGCAAAGUUUGCACUUUGAUCAGUAUUCACAUUGCAAUCAUUCAACCUUCAAUUAUUUAUUUCCUCAUAUUAAUAGAUAAAGCCGGAGUAACAUAAUGCUGGAGUAACUCAGCGGGUCAGGCAGCAUCCCAUGGAUGGGUAACGUUUUGGGUCUAAACUGCAUUCAGUUUACUUACCCAUUAAUUUAUUAAUUGGACCUGGAGAACAUUCUGACCACAACACCACUCCUCUCCAUUCCUUUACUCAUUAGAUUGCUGGUCCUUUCUGUGUUCACGACAGACACAAAGACCAUGUCAUUUUUAUCAUGUUUAUGCUGCUGUCUGGGAAUCAAGAGUUUGCACCUAAUCAACAUGAGGGGCUUGGAAUGGGAUGAGGCCCUUGGCCCUAAAUGAUAAAGAUUAAUUUACUCAGAUGAUGUUUGCAUUCCAAUUUUGCAGUUGAUUGGGCUGAAUGCUCCGUCCACACGCAGCCAAAGGACAAAAGGGGCUGUCCCACUUGGGCGACCUAAUCUGCGAGUUUAGAAGAAUGUCUUCGACUUUCAAACUCGCAGCAAGGUCGACACGUAGUCCUAGGAGGUCCUAUGAGGUCGCUGGAAUUCUCCUUCAUGCUCGAGGGAAGUUCCCGAAUACUCGUGGUCUCAGCCAGGUCGCGGAAAAAUUCUCAGCUUGUUGAAAGAUUUUCCGCGAGUAAAAUUUGAUGGGCAUGGUUCUUUUGAACUCGUAGUGCAGUGGAGUGGGGUCGCUAUGUAGUUACAGGCAAUCGUGGGCAUUCGCUGACCGGGCAUUUUGAUUGGCUCAUUGGAGUUUUUCAGGAGCAGGGAAAACCUACCGGUAGGUAAAAUGCUCACUAAACUUUAGUAUACUUCUUCAAAGUGUCUCCACUCCUUCUCCCCCCCCCCCUUCUCUUCCCUUCUCUUCCCUUCUCUUCCCUUCUCUCCUCAUCUCUCCCCUUCUCUCCCCUUCUCCCCCCUCUCCGCGCUAUCUAAAGGACUUACCGUUACUGUGGCAGCCGUUUACCUUCCUCUUCAUCGCGGGUCUGAAUUUCAGACAGCGCUCCCCCACUUUCCCUGGCCCCCGCCUUUGCGAUGUGUUUGUGUGUGUGCGGUCGGUCGAUCCAGCUCGCGGUUUCAAUGAGGACGGUCGGUCCAGCUCGAGGCCCUUGAACUUGAAGGUCAAAGACACUCUUCUUAACUCACGGAUUAGGUCGCCCAAGUGGAACAGUUCCUUAACUGUGUUUAAACAUAGCGGGCACAGUGGCGCAGCAGUAGAGUUGCAGCCUCACACCGCCAGAGACCAAAGGUCAAUCCUGACUACGGGCGCUAUCUGUACAGAGUUUGUACAUUCUCCCUGUGCACAUUUGUAUGUUCUCCGGGUUCUCGAGUUUCCUUCCACUUUCCAAAGAAGUACAGGUUUGUCGUUUAAUUGGCCUCUGUAAACUUGUCCCUAGUGUGUAGGAUAGAACUAAUGUAAGGAUGAUCGCUGGUUGGCAUGCACUCAGUGUGCUGAAAAGGGCCUGUUUUCACCCUGUAUCUCUAGUCUAAACCUGAAAUGGUGUACAGCGAUGAAUUGCUUUUGGCAUAUAAAUCUUCAUUCAUUCUUCAAUUCCCAUUUGCAGCCUUCCUUUCUUUGCCUCAGAGUUCCAACCUCUGGAUAUACUGAGAUACCAGAGAUGGAAUUUGUUGCUGCAGUCACCCUUGGCAUUCAUCUUUCUCCAUGGUUUAAGACACCAAAUAUAUAUUAAGCAGGAAAUACUAAAGCUUUCUGUUUGGAAUGAUGAAAAGAAACACCUCGGAUCUGUUUCUUUGUUCCAAAUAUGCAAGUUCUGUAUUUCUUUCUUGAUGUCCACCUCUACUUCUGCUUGUUAACUUGCGGGAUAAAAGUAUCAUUUUAUUAGACUCCAUUCCUUAGACUUAAUUGGAAUCUGAGGGGACAAUUUGUUCACACAGAGAGUGAUGGGUAUAUGGAACAAGUUCAGAGGCAGGCACUAUAACAACAUUUCAAAGACAUUUGGACAGGUACAUGGAUAGGAAAGGUUGGAUAUGGGCCAAACACGGGCAGAUGGGGCUAAUGUAGAUGGGGCAACUUGGUCGCCAUAGGUAAGUUGGGCCGAAGGGCCUGGUUCUGUGCUGCAAGACUAGAUUUUUAAAAGGAAAAUAAUGUCACUUUCUUUGUAAUAAGUGACAUUAUGAUUUAUUUAACCAUAUUGUUAUCGGAAACUUCAAGUUAAUUUGAAAAACCUAGCUGUUAAGAUGCUGUUACUUUACUUUUAAUUAAAUAAAUUUAACCAAUCUGAUUUGCAGUUUAAGGAGAUGCUGUUUCAACCUGAUGUCAAAAAAUAUUUCACUUAAGAGAUGAUCGUCUGGUAUUGUCACUUAAUGUUUGUUCUAUGCAGUGACAAAGUGUGAGGCAGACUGGCAUAUUUCGGUGAUAAAAAUGAUUGUUUUUAAUGCAUUCCAGAAGCAGUUUGAGUUGGAUGGUGGUCGACAAGUUAAGAUGGAUAAAUAAGCUAUGAUCCUACUUAUGCAAUGCUGUAAAGAUUUUCUAACAUUCAAUGUUUGGGUUUUUUGUCAGUGCAAAAGGAUCGGUAUUUUUUUAAAUCCAGCUUUCUAUGGUGUUUAUGUUGCUACUGGGACAUUUGGAAGAGGAUCAUCCAUGAGAUGUAGAAUCAGCAGCAAUUGAAGCUAGACUUCACCUGAAACAACCUUUGUUUUUUGUUUGUGGUUGUGAAGUUGCUGCUUAUCCACUUGAACAAAUGUAUAUCUGUAUUUUGCUUUUAUU